CUUUAACAUUGUAGUCUGUCUCAAUCUUGUUCGUUUCAUUAAACGAUUAUAAUUCGACAACAGAGAAUACUAUUUUUCUUGUUUUGAAAGAUAAAUAUGGAAAGCAAAAAAUUGGAUGCCUUGUCAAAAACGUCUUCACAAGCUGUUUCGAAACCAGUCCAGAAACUAGUAUCGAAAGGGCAAUCAAGUGUUUCCUUUUCUAAGAUAAACAGGGAAAAUGAGCAAAUAGGUGCUAUACCAAAGAAUAUUCAAAAAACUGAUUUGCCGAAGGGGCAACCAAAUAUGUCUGCUUCAUUUUCAAAGAUAAGCCGUAAAAAGGAGAAAAUGGGUGCUAUACCAAAAAGUAUCCGAAAAACUGAUUUGCUGAAGGAACAACCAAAUAGAGCUGCUUCGUUUUCUAAGAUGAACUUGUCAAAUGAAAAUUUGCUUGCUUCACCAAUAAGGGUACCCAAAACUGAUUCAAAGGCAAUCCAAAAGAGUGAUUUAACCAAAAUACAACCAAAUGUGGUUGCUACGUCUUCAAAAGUAAGCUGGGAAAAUGAGAAAAGGGGUGCUAUACCAAAAUGUAUCCAAAAAACUGAUUUGCCGAAGAGACAACCAAAUAUAGCUGCUUCAUUUUCCAAGAUGAACUUGUCAAAUGAGAAUUUGCCUGCUUUACCAAUAAGAAUCCCCAAAACUGAUUCAGAGGCAAUCGAAAAGAGUGAUUUGACCGAAGUACAACCAAAUGUGAUUACUUCGUCUUCGAAGAAAUCUAAAUUUGCUGAAGGCGGUAGAAAGAAGGAUACUUGCCAGUCUUCUGAACCUUCUACCAGUUUGGCGGUAGCUGAGCAAAUGGAGGCUAAGAAAAGACAGGAGAAAGAAGAAUAUAUGACUAAAAAGUGGUUAGAGGGUGAUAAAAAAGGCUGGGAGUUCUUAGGUAAAGGUUCCAGUGAUAUUGAAUUUCCAAUCGAACCUCCACCCGAUUAUGAAGGGCUUGAAGUUUUGGGUGUAAAACCUGAUCGCCUCGAAGCAUGGGCUGAAAAGUUUUUCAAAUAGAAGGAAAAAAUGGAAAUGUAGAAACCUUUAUGACUAAGAAAUCUGAGCUUUUAUAACUGACCAGUGAUUUGGGAAUUCUUUACUCUUCCUUAUUUAGUAAAAAAAUGAUUUUUUUUUGUAUGUACAUGGUCAGUGAUAACUGACCAGUGA